AUGACUUCCAACAUGCCGUCACAACGACCCUUCUUCCUGUCGACCUUCUUCGCCGCCUUCCGGCAACAAACCCCGUCGUCACUGUCGGCAGGCGCCGCCGGCCAGCCUAACAAGCACACGACGCCCGCGGCGGGAGGCCCGUCGACAUACGGCAGCUCGCCCUCGGCGCCGCGCUCCAUCGCCAACAACAACGCCACCACCCAGGCCGCGUCAUCUUCGUCGGGCUCGCGGUCCGGCGGCGUCAUGGGGCAGCUGCCGCUGCACUCGCCGCGCGGGCCGCACAACAUACCGAUCCCGCAGCAGCAGCAGCAGGGCGGCGCGCGCCGCCACCACCACCACCACCACGGCCGGCGGCGGGGCAGCGACAGCAGCAGCGAGGGGUUCCGCGAGACGCUGGGCGCCGAGAAGCUGUACAUUGGCGGGCGCACGGCCACGGGCGAGGAGAAGUUCUUCAAGCUCGGCGUCAUACGGCGCGUGCGCAGCGGCGACCGGUUAAGCCUCGACCGGCUGAGUUUAUAA